AUAUUCAAGAACCUUCGUGUCCAUCAUUUAUCGACGAGCAGCUGCAGGUAUAAAAGCCGACGCUGCACCAACUGCGGUUCGUCAAUACAAAACGAAGAACGAAGUGCGACGCAAUUAAUUCCAUCACACAAAUAACAACAGAGAAUUGGUGUAACGAAAUAAAAUUACAAAUAAACAGUAGUUUUGAAAAGCAGUUUACGCAACGUAUAUUUUAAUAAUAAACUGAAAAUAAAAAGUUUUUAAAAUGGCUGAACGACUAUUAAAAAUAACCUACCAUGGUGCAUCAGCUGGUGUAACGAAGAAAAUAAAUGCAUAUCUAAAAAUGCCGUCCGCUUCAUUGAAUAUAUUGCACCGGGAAAUUGAGAUGUAUCUGUUCCAGGAGCGUCAGCUGCCCAAAACCGAGAUCAGGACAUAUUGGAUAGAUGCUGAUUCUGAUGAAAUUGAGAUUGUCAAUCAAAAUGACUAUGACAUUUUCUUGAGCCAAUGUGAGAAGAACAUGCAUAUGCAAAUCUCAGGUGCCGGUGAAGAAAAGGUGGAACCCAAACACGAUGAAACUGCUGCUCCACCAGUCGACGAUAUGAGCAAUUUCGUCAUUCAUGAUAAUGUUCAAUGCGAUGCCUGUGGAACGUUGCCAAUGAUUGGUUUUCGCUACAAAUGCGUGCAGUGUCCCAAUUUUGAUCUUUGCCAGCGCUGUGAGUCUGCGCACAAGCAUUCUGAUCACUUGAUGGUGCGCAUGCCAACCAACAACGGACCAAGCAUCAUCGAUGCUUGGCUAAGUGGUCCAGAGGCUGGUACGCACCACCAUCGUCGUUCGGGCCGUCGCUUCCGUGCUCAAUGUCCAUUCGGAGAAGCUGCUGCUGCUGCCACGGCAACUGCUUCAUCUCAGCCAACAGCUGGAACAGCCACAGAUUCGCACAAGGAGAGCCGUCGCGAUCGACGUUCUACUCGUCGUCACGGUGGCUUAAUGUCUCAGUUUGUUGAGAUGAUGAAGAACUUACCAGAGGCCGCAGCGGCAACAGCCACUUCAGCAGCCGCUGCUCCUUCGGCUGAUCCAGACUCCAAGGAAACUCAGUGCAAGACUGAAGAACCGACUGCAGCAGCUACCACAAGCUCUGAAAAUAUUUCAACUGAAUCGAAACCUGUUGUGGAGCCCGCUGUCACAGCCAAUGUAGAGGAGCCAGUAGCUGCUCCACGCACCAAGGAGCAACCAAAACCUGAGGCAGCUGCUUCCACUACCAACAGCACCCCGACAACUCCAGUCAUCAACCUGGAAAACUUGGCACAGAUGGUGAAUCCCGAGUAUAUGCGAGCUGGCAUUGAAAUCUUGAACAACUUUAGCGAAAUGUUUGCUAAAAUGAUAGAUCCUAAUGAGGCAGCUGCCUUUGGGUGUGCGGAUACUUCAAUGGCUUCUAGUGCUUCCUCUGUUUCAAAGAAAUCUGAAACUGUCUCUGAGACACCAAAGAAUCCUGCCGAAACUGCAGAGUCUACUACAUCAACAUCUUCGGCCAAGUCUAUUGAUACACAAGCAUCAUCAGAAGAGCAAUCAAUGCCAGCAGCUUCUAUCACAUCUGUUGCAUCUACGGUUACUGCUCCUAUUUCCCCAGUCGCACAGUCUAUUUCUGUUCCAAUCGCAAACGAAGAAAAAGAAGAACGCCGCAGGUCAGAUAGUUUGGAUCAGGACUGGCAGAUGAUUGAUAAUAGUACUGCUCCCAUUGCAAAUGUGUCCAGUACCGAUGCAUUGAUCAACUUGAACUCAACUAGCACCAAUUCCGCUACCACUACGGAUGCUUCGGUGUCGCCCUCGCGCGACUAUGUGCAGCUUGGUGAAAUGCUGCGUCAGCAUAUUAACGAGGAGCAGCAACGUGAACAGACAACGGCACAUACCCAAACUUCACAAGUGGAUACAGUGAGCACCUCGACGUCGACCAAUUCGGUAGCCACUAACAGCAUCUCGACAUCGACAACAAAUGCUCCUCGUCCUCUGGCACCAGAACAGAAGCGCACCGUGCCCAUCUAUCACACUGAUGAACGUAUUAAUGCUGCAGUGCACGCUAUGAUGGCUAUGGGCUUUAGCAACGAAGGUGCCUGGCUCACCCAGUUAUUGGAAUCGGUUGAGGGCAACAUUCCCGCUGCUCUGGACAUAAUGCACACAUCGCAAAGCGGACGCAACUGAUGCUUUCUCUCACGCAUCUAUCACUUAAUCCACUUCAAUAUCUAAAAUAUUAUGUUAGUUUGUAGAAAACCGUAAGCGUCGGAUCGGUUUUAUUUGUGGUGAUUGUUUGCUAUAUCCAUCGCUAGUAACAUGGAACUAUAAGCUAUAUAUAUUUCUAAUUGUAUCCAGAUGCAGUCGCAAAUAAUCAAAACUAUAUACAAUAUAUUAUAUAUACUAUAUCAAUGUAUCGUUAUUAAUCAACAAAUAAAAGCAUAAAUAUGAAUGUAAAA